GUUACACAUAACCGUACUUCACUGUAAGGAAGUGUCCACGGACAACUAUCUACUUAUCUAAUUGUCAUUUACACAACUAGCUACUUAUUAUUAUGCUCUUUGUACGCACCUAUCUACUUAGCUACUACUACUAGUGACUAGUCUUACAAGAUCUGGACCAUGGCUAAGCUUCAGGGGUUUGAUUUCUGGAAGAAGACCCUGAAAGAAGCCUGCUUCGUGGUGGCACCCAUGGUGGACCAGAGUGAGCUGGCUUGGCGUCUACUCAGCCGUCGCCAUGGUGCCCACCUGUGCUACACACCUAUGCUUCAUGCUCAGGUGUUUGUUCGGGAUGCCAACUACAGGCGGGAGAAUCUCUUCAACGAGGUGUGCCAGGAGGACAGACCGCUGAUCACUCAGUUCUGUGCCAAUGACCCCGAGGUGUUCAUUCAGGCAGCCAUGUUGGCGCAGGACUACUGUGACGCCAUCGAUCUCAACCUGGGUUGUCCUCAGAUGAUCGCCAAAAGGGGGCACUAUGGAGUCUUUCUGCAGGAUGAAUGGGAGCUGUUAGAAAAAAUGGUCAGGCUGGCCAAUGAAAAGCUGUCGGUGCCAAUCACAUGUAAGAUCCGCAUCUUCCAGGACCUUGACAAGACUGUCCGCUACGCCCAAAUGCUGGAGAAGGCAGGAUGCCAGCUGCUCACAGUACAUGGCAGGACCAAGGAGCAGAAAGGAGCCAUGACAGGAAUUGCCAGCUGGGAGCACAUCAAAGCAGUACGGAAGGCCCUCCACAUUCCUGUGUUUGCUAACGGCAACAUCCAGCAUCUGAGCGAUGUGCAACGCUGCAUCCAGGAGACAGGUGUGCAAGGGGUGAUGAGUGCAGAGGGGAACCUCCAUAACCCAGCACUGUUUGAAGGGCACAGCCCCCCAGUGUGGGAGAUGGCUGAGGAGUACCUGGACAUGGUCCACAAGCAUCCACCCUGCAACUUGUCCUUUGUACGAGCACACCUCUUCAAACUGUGGCACCACACGCUCCAGAUCCACCAGGACCUGAGGGAGGAGUUGGCCAAGGUGAAGACCUUGGAGAGUUUGGCCAACGUUAGCAAAGAGCUGAAGAUGCGCUGCCAGGAUGAGAUAGCCAGAGGACAUGACAGGAAGAAUGAGGGCGUCCCUCACUGGAUCUGCCAGCCCUAUGUGAGACCACGGCCCAAAGAUCCAGCUGCCAAAGGUGAGGAGUCCCAAGUCCAGAAGUGCCAGAAGAGAGUGCUGGAGGACUGGGACGGGACAGGGCAGACACUCUCCAAAAAUAAACUGAAGAAAAGAUCCCGCAACCCCAACAAGAACUUCAGCCCAGAUCAGAAACCCAAGUACAUCAAAUGUGAAGAGUGUGGGAAUCCAAAGGGAAACAAGUGUGUCUUCAGUCUGUGUCGAGGAUGCUGCAAGAAGAAGUCCUACAAGGAAGUGGCCAACUGUUUGAGUCACGGCUUGAAGUUCAAGACCAAGGCAGAGAGAAGUAAAACUCUAGAAGAGAAGGACAUUGAGAUGGAGAGAAAGUGCAGCUCUCCUCAGCAUCUUCUACAUCAGAAGACUCACAUGGAAGGUAUCUCCACUGGUCCCUACUCAGUCACAUGGAAGGUAUCUCCACUGGUCCCUACUCAGUCACAUGGAAGGUAUCUCCACUGGUCCCUACUCAGUCACAUGGAAGGUAUCUCCACUGGUCCCUACUCAGUCACAUGGAAGGUAUCUCCACUGGUCCCUACUCAGUCACAUGGAAGGUAUCUCCAUUGGUCCCUACUCAUUCACAUGGAAAGUAUCUCCACUGGUCCCUACUCAGUCACAUGGAAGGUAUCUCCACUGGGCCCCACUCAGUCACAUGGACGGUGUCUCCACUGACUGUCGUCCACUGGUCCCCACUCAGUCACUUGGAAGGUAUCUCCACUGACUGUGGUCCACUGGUCCCCACUCAGUCACAUGGAAGGUAUCUCCACUUGUCCCCACUCAGUCACAUGGAAGGUAUCUCCACUGACUGUGGUCCACUGGUCCCCACUCAGUCACAUGGAAGGUAUCUCCACUGGUCCCCACUCAGUCACAUAGAAUGUAUCUCCACUGACUUUGGUCCACUGGUCCCCACUCAGUCACAUGGAAGGUAUCUCCACUGACUUUGGUCCACUGGUCCCCACUCAGUCCCAUGGAAGGUAUCUCCACUGGUCCCCACUCAGUCACAUGGAAGGUAUCUCCACUGGUCCCCACUCAGCCACAUGGAAGGUAUCUCCACUGACUGUGGUCCACUGGUCCCCACUCAGUCACAUGGAAGGUAUCUCCACCGGUCCCCACUCAGUCACAUGGAAGGUAUCUCCACUGGUCCCCACUCAGUCACAUGGAAGGUAUCUCCACUGACUUUGGUCCACUGGUCCCCACUCAGUCACAAGACAUCAUGUUCACUUUGGGUGUGAUGUACACUGGUCCCCACUCAGUCACAUGACAUCAUGUUCACUUUGGGUGUGAUGUACACUGCUCCCCUUUCAGUCACAUGACAUCAUGUUCACUUUGGGUGUGAUGUACACUGCUCCCCUUUCAGUCACAUGACAUCAUGUUCACUUUGGGUGUGAUGUACACUGGUCCCCACUCAGUCACAUGACAUCAUGUUCACUUUGGGUGUGAUGUA